ACUAAUGGCAGCAAUGACAAAUACGUGAUGGCCGUUGCCACCGAUCAGAAAACGCGUACACUGGAUUAUCAUUCAUACAGACCCUUUUUCUGUUUACUUUAACAAAUCUCAAAAUACACGUGUCAAGUGUAUUGUGACUCUUAGACUAAAUAUAAAGUAUUAAAAGACAAACGUGAUUAACGAGGUGAAAAGUGAGGAUAAACUGCGUUAAGUGUCUGGACAACAGGGGUUGCUAAACCGCGUUCACGGAGGUAAUAUCGACGAUUUUUCAUCGAGACGCUAAGCUCAUUUGAUUAAAUGGCCUAAAAUUUAAAGUGUUCAAGUGUCUCCUAAUUGAUUUCCAGGAUUCCAACAAGCAAAUAUCCUGGCGAAAGCUCAUUUUUCUUUUGUUUACGCCUUGUCACUUGUGUUUUUGUUGUGUGCAACCGCGCGCGGCUGUCUUAGUGUAUGUGUAGGCCUAUAAAUGUGAGCCUCAAGUGUAAAGGUUUAUUUGUAUGUGUGACUCAUACAACGUACAUUUUAAGGGCGCGCUCGAGCGCGCGUGAAACUUAUAACCUCAAAAUUUUCCAGCUUCCAGCUGUCUAUUAGACAAAAGCGACAAAAGCAAGCCUGAAAAUCGAGUGAACCGGAAUUGCCACUUUUAUUAUGUUUCAAGUUAAUUUUUUCUGAUUCAAAACUUGAAACAAUGCCAGCCAAUUACUUUUGGCUCCUGGAUUUGGGGUAAAUUAGAAUCCAGGCAAAAAGAAAACAAUCCCCCAAGCAUAAUACUAAUAAUACAAUCAAAGGAUUUGCAAGGAAUAAUUUAAAUUUAUUAUAAAUGGAACAAGUUUUUGAGCAAAUGAACUUGAGAAAGAAAUUAGAAAAUGUUCGAAACUCAAUUGUACACUUAUUUUUUAAUGGCUAAUUCACUUCAUGGAGGAGGACGUACGACAUAGAAAAAUUUAAUAACAUGCGAGAGUGUUUAAUAACAAUUAAUAUUUGUGCACUACACGUGAAGGAAAUCGUUGAUUCGAAAAGGAAAUGUUACAUAUAAUGAAAAUUAAUUGAGUGAGAUCAGAAAUUACAUGCAUGUCAGGAUCAGGCGACGUUGGUCGAAAACGCGUUGAAUGGCGUCGCAACGCAAAUAUCAAUUUGUCAAUUACAUUAAUAUUCAAUAUCGCUUUAAGAUUUAAACUCGUGCCAAUUUGGAUAUAAUAAGGAGAAAGAAAACGGUGGCCCAACGCUGCCCAUAGUUGCGAGGUGCUGCGUGGGCAUGCAGCAGCCUCAGUCACGCCCUCUUCUCGGGGACUCUGUAUCCUCUACAACAUCCCCAAAUACACGUCGCAAUAAUCCCGUUGCAGUUCUUACACAACAGCAGCUUCAACAAUUGCAACAGCUUCAAACUCACAAUUCCACAGCUCAAGCAGUAGCAUUUACUUUGCAACAGCCUUCAAAUAACAAUCAGGAGCAGCCAAAUGGAACAGCAAGUGGAAGUCACAUAGUUUACUUAAAUCAACUGAAUCAGUUGAAUCAGAGUCCCAUUAAUUCCUCUGGGACUGGCAUGGGCCUAUCCCCGGCCACCCCCACAUUUGGGGUGGGCCUUAAUAUGGGACUGCCGCUAUCGUUAUUGAACACCAGCCUCACAUCGCUUACUUCGAACGUAAUCACAACUUCGAAUCCUUUGCUCAAUCUAAGUCUCCCGAGUUUAAAUUCAGGCCUAACGGCAAUUAAUCCUAGUAUAAAUCCUUUAAACGCUCUAAAUUCUAAUCUUAACGCGAACUUACCACCGGACAGUAUUACCAAUGGAAUAUCGAGUUUAGGUCAAGAGUUGAAUGGAAUAAAUGCCGGUUUGAGUCGACUUAGCGCAUUGAAUUCCACCAGUCUCAAUCCAGGUGUAUCGAGUGUCAAUCCAAAUUUGACAAAUUUGAGUCAAACAUUGAAUCAAAAUCUUGCCACCCUCAAUGCAAAUUUAAGCGCUACAAAUUCUGCAGCUACUAAUUUAAAUACUCUCAAUACUAAUAUAAAUGCAAACUUAUCAACUGGCAAUUUGAAUCAAGGAGCGAAUCGUUCGUUGAGCGCGUUGACGUCGAAUAAUUUCAGUGCCGCGUCUCAAUUUCCAUUUCAAACCAUACAAAAUAUCGCGCCACAUAUUGUUGGUUCAAACAUUGCUUCCGUACCAAGUUCAGCCAUAUCACAACACCAAAGCACAAAUAUUACCAGUUCACAAAUAUCAACGGGCGCAACGUCGAGUUGCAGCACAUUCACGAGUACAUGCAGUGGACCAAUCCUUGCCACCACAACAAACACAAGCCAUGGAACAAGUGUGACGCAUCCAAUAAAUGUUGCGCAGUUUGGAAUUAUGACCUCAAAUCUCUCGAGUGUCGUCACAUCUCACAUGACGUCGAAUGAAUCGAAUCACACAGCUGGAUUUCAGAGGCAAUUCUCACACAUACCGAGCUCACCAUUGAGCUCAACGACGCAACUCACGGCUGGCAAUCCAACAACAAACACAAUCAUUCCAAAUAUCAAAUCAAUGCAAAAUCAAAACACAGGGUCACCCGGGUCGCCGUUUUCGAUACCAAUGAAGAGUCCAGCUUCGAACAUUGCGCCACCAACACCGAGUCCGAGUCCAAAUCGAUUGCUACUGAGGAGUCCGGCAUCGAAUUCAAUGCAAAGCAAUAGGAAUAGUCCGAGUCCAGUGUCGUCGUCAACGCCGAAUAAUUCAUUUGGAAUGCAACUUCAUAGUCCAAUGCAGAGUCCCAUUAGUCAAAUUCAGAGUCCCGCGCCUAGUCCAUAUCCAAAUUCAAAGAGUCCCCAUCAUCUUGGAGGCGGUGGUGGCGGAUCGCUCAGCAAUAGAAGUCCUGCACCUGGAAGCAGUCCUGGUCCACCAGUUGUGCGACCAAACACCCCAAUAAUUCAACAAGGGAUGCAAGUCUUGCAAAUAAUACAUGGAACUCCACAAGGAUAUCAAUCGGCGCCAGCUCAGCUUGUAACAAGAACUCAUCUCUUUGGCAAUCAACAAAUUCAAAUUGCUACAGCUAAACCGGCGAAACAACCGCCGCAAAUACUACCGAAGCCUCCUCAUCAGCAAACUGGCAUUUCACAGCAAAAGCAACGAGUUACAACAACAAUUACAAAUCAAGUGAGCCAAGUCACGCAGCAGUCGCAACCGCAAAUUGUAUUAGCUGGUCCACAACCUAGUCCUGGAACUGCAACAAUGAUUCCCACUGCACAAGGUCUUCUUUUAAACCAGGUCCUGCCAUCCACUGGACCAGUAAUCGUUCAACAACAACCGGGUGGCGUUCAACUGAUUCUUCGAGCACCAGCAACUUCUCAACAACAAACGCAUACUGCACAGUUAACGCAACAACAAUUGGUGAGAGUUGUCACUGCGCAAGGUAUGCAAUUGCAAGGACUUGCUCCAACAUUCUUUGCUGUGCCGAAUGGUUUUCCUUCGCCGAGUCCUCCAGUUAUAAGGCAUACACCUUCUAGUCCUGCACCAGAUUGUAUUAAUUUUGCAACAAAUUCCGGCAACAACAAUUCAAUAGUUAUUCAAAAUGCGAUGGUGCAGAAUCCCCAAACCCAAUUAACGCAAGCAACCACUGCUAGUAACACGACUAAUGUUCAAAAUGCACAGACGAUAAUUGAUCAGAGUUUAUUGCCACCUCCAAAAAAGAAAGCCAAGAAGAAGAAGAGACCUAGGAAAAAAGAUGAGGAACCAACAAAAUUGGAUUUGGCCAGCAUCAUAAAAAUAUCCGGCAUCAAUGAUGAUGAUGAUAUUUUUGAAAACGAUCUCACGACCGAAUCGGAAAUAGCGCCUCAUACACAAACAGAAACGAGUCCCGUUGUUCCGACCACGUCCUCUCAAAAUGUGAUACAAGUACCUGCAACGAGUAUGUCGCAAACGUCGCAACAUUCUGACAGUCCCCUGAUCGCUCAGCUACAAAUGCCCGUGCAAAAUACCAUUUCCGGACAAUUGCGAUUGGCAGUGGGCGAAGAUGGAAGAGUCGUUCUUCAUCAUACCCCAGAACCGAACCAGCCGGAAAUCGAUCAAGCCACUGCUCAAGCCUUGAUAAGAUCCUUAACUCAAGGCGGUGGACAAAAUUCACAAUUCAUCUCGCAAAUUCUCGGCCAGACUCAUGUUGUUCAAACAAUUCCACAAACAACUCCCAGUCCAACUCCGAGUAGACAGAAAUGUACCAAGUCACCAGGAGUCCAACAAAAUCGAAUCACAAGUCCAACAACCUCAACACCACAAUUCAUUCAUGUCAAUUCAACAACUCCAAGUUCGACAAUCACCACUGCUAAUUGUUCCCAAUCCACAAAUCUUCAUUCCCUCUCAACUCCCCAACUAAGUAAAGUGUCGACUGUUCAGUUUUGCAAAAAUAGCGUUCAAGCUAAUAAUGAGACAAAGACUCCCACUUCGAAGACACUAAACGUUAAAUCGCCAGCUCACCAGAAUGUUCAACACGUGAAAUGCAGUCAAGUGAGGAUUCGCAACACCUGCGUGGCUGGGACACCCCGUCAAAAUCACAUUAAAGUAACCCAACAAAAUAUUCAAACCCAAAAAACUCUGCAAUGCGGCACAUCAGUUCAACGACUCGUGAAGAACAGUCAAAACGUCCAGCAAAUCAAUAUUCAAGAGGAACAACAAUGUACUCAAACUCAAAAUGUUCAACACAUUUUUGAACAAAACAUCGGAGCCAGCAAUCAAGCACUCCAACAAAAUUCUACCGACAAUAUGCAAAUUGAUUCAGUGAAUGUCAUGCAAAAGAACGCGAGAUCAAUUCAACAACAAGCUAUAAACGUUCUACAACAAGAUCUCAGUUGUAUUCAGAAUGUUGAUCAAAAUUUACAAUUUGACAUUCACCCGGGACAAAGCGUCAUUCACGGUCACAAUUUACUUCAAGGUCCAACUGUCAUUCAAGGACAGAAUGUUAUACAAGCUCCGAAUUUAGUUCAAACUCAAAAUGUCAUUCAGGCUCCAAAUUUAAUGCCGAAUUUAGUUCAAGGACAAAAUGUAAUUCAGGGGCAGAAUUUAAUUCAGAGUCAGAAUAUAAUUCAAAAUCAUGUUGUGCAUCAAAAUCAAAAUAUCCAUCAGAACCAAAAUAUUCAACAGAGUGGACAAAAUGUGAAUCAACGGAAAAAAUCCACUACCCCUGUUAAUGUACAGCAAUUUGAAAAUCAACAACAGCAUCAUCAUCAUCAUAAUUUCCAACAGCAAAACAUAUUGAUUUCAAACAGUGGUGUCAAUCAACAGGAGCAAAAGCACGAUCCACUUAUAUCUGCGAAUUCAUCGUCGAAUGUAUUAAAUAGUGCUCCAAAAAUAAGUCCUGAGAUUCUGAGUGCCUUGAGUAAUCUUAAUCCUAACGAUCAAUUACUUAUUGCGAAUUCAAAUGGACAAAUGCAGGUGAUCAGUCAACAAUUGUUUCAACAAUUUUUGUCGGGCCAGUUGCACGCGACACAACCCCAAAAUCAGAAUCAAAAUUCAACGCAAAAAAUCGUUAUUGGUGAGCCUGACGCGAGCAAUCAGAAUCUCCAAGGAUUACAGAUUAAUACACCCACGAGUCAAAUUAUCGUUAAUAGUUCAGGUGGAGCGCCAACUAUUCAAAAUAAUAUUCAAAACAUUGUCGUACAAGCAGCGCCAUCGCAAAUGCCGCAUCAAAUACAAAUUCAAAAUUCAGGAUUCCCGAGUCAAUUUCUUGAUAAUUUGAAUCAACAACAGAUUCGCAAUUUGGGCAAUAAUCAACAGUCGAAUCCAAGUCCAGUUCCGAAGAAAGCUAAAGUUGUGAAAAGAGCGAAAGUUGUUACUUUAACCCAAAGCACCACAAAUGCACAGGCAACAAAGCUUAUGAAUGCUACAAAACCAACGAUUGUCACUGCAACUUCAGUACAACAAAAAUUGGAAAAUGCGACAAAACCAAUUGGUUUCACCUCACCACUGGUGGAUCAAAUUAAAACUGAGAAUGUUCAAGUUAAUGGUCCAUUGACUUCGCAAAGUCAAAUUCCACCAUCUUCAUCAUCGACGAAUAAUCAAGUUGUACAAAGAUUUCAAACAAUUCAAUUGCCAGCGCAAAAGCAAAAGUUGCUGAAAAAUAUCCAAGCUGAAAUACAAACAAUUUUAGCACAUAAGACAAAUUCACAGUCGGACCAAAUUAUUCUCUCGAAACUUUAUCAGGAGCAGGCGAAAAUUCUUGCCAGUGGAAAAAUCAUCAGCAGUUCACCACAUCCUGUUAGCUGCGAAUCUGAGGUAACAAACAUUACAUUUUCUGCAUGUUCACUUACUCAAAGCACUUGCAAAAAUCAGACUUCAACUGUUCAGACGCAAACACCUGCUGCCACAACAACCACAACGACAAACUCUGAUAAUGGAAAUUUCAAAUUUCAACCGUUGCAAAAAGUCGCUAGAAUGUCAAUUGAUAACAUGGAAGUCAACAUGCAAUUUAUGCAAAGACAACAAAUUGGGCCUAGUGUUCCACCAACGAGCGUUCAUCAAGUACACAAUAAACAUCAGAAAUGUUACCAAAGUCACGAUAAUCAAACGUUAAGUCCGUCCACAAUGACAGAACAAAGUUUAUCGUCAUCAAGCGGUACGACAAAUCUAAUGCAAAGCAGUACCAACCAAAUUGUAUCGCAAACACAAAAUCAACAAUCAACGCAAUGUCAAACUGAUCCAUUGGAUGUGAAGCCUAACAUUCAAAUACAAAGUCCAGUGAAACAAGAAUUACCAACACUCAACCAAGUCCAGAUACAAAAUGGUUCAGCACCAUGUCAAAUAGUAACAUCACCAAAAAUUGUUUCAAAAGUAUCGCAAAAUAUUUCAACUCCUGUAAAUAUUACUGGUAACAAUGUUAAACAAAUGGCAAGUCCCGGAAGCGCUUCGAAUAAUCUCACGUGUCAAAGGCAUGGCGUUAAGAGACCUUCGUCCAGUCCCAUUUGCAGGCCUAAUAACAAUCGUUGUGAAUUGAUGGAACAACAAUUAAAAAUGGAUCAAGGUGGUGCAACGAAUCCCGAUGUAGACACUCCUUUUGCGUGUAAGAGAGACGCUUGUAAGAGAUUAGUGAGAUAUCAUUGUUUUAAUGACCAGGUGCUCAGUCCAAAAGAUUUGGCAAAAGCUGACGAGAUCUUUGAGGAAACUGCCAAACAUUUACUAAGUAAAUUUAACUCCAUGAUGAAUAAAUAUACCUACCUUCUUCUUAUGGAGAGCAUGCGUGAAGUGAGGACUUCUGAAUUAAUGAUGAUCGAUCGAUCUUUCGUUGCCGAGGAGCAAAAUCUUCUGAAUAGGUUACGUGAUCAAGAAGCAAAAGUCAGUGAAGAAUUUAAGAAAGAAGAGAAGCUUCUGAUACCAAAAGUCGAGACUGAUAUGAGUGACGUUGAUAAUCUAAUUCCGACAUUAGGUGGUGCAUCUGUGAAAUUAGAACUGGAAGACGACUUCCCCAAUGUGGAGGGUCAAGCGAAAACUUCAACGAAGCCCUCAAGUUGCACAACUGGCGAUUAUGACGAAUGGCUCGAAAUUCAAAAGGAACUUGGCGUUUAUACGCCCACAACUGAGUCCUCGAAAUGUAAAUACAAUAAUUUAGUGACCGCAAAUGCGGGAAAUUUAAGGCCAAAAGUUGAAAGAACGCGAGCGAAUGGUGAAUUUCGUGUUAGUGAAACAAGUGUCGCGAGUGGUUCUUCAAGUGUUGUGAGUACGUCGAAAGGCAACUAUGAUAAUGCUGGUAAUGUCACAUCGACAACGAGACGCUUGAGUAGUGCCACUGAAUUGGAACGUGAUCUCUUAGAGGACACCGAGAGUCUCGAUGGGCUUGCACUUUAUUCACAAUCACAAUGUCCAGGCUCGCUUGAUAUUUCCGGCGAAUCGGGAAAUGCAAAUGACAAUGAUGACAUCACCGCUCAAGUUCAAUCGGCCAUAGACAGCAUUCUUAAUCUUAAGAAAAAUCCUUCAACGGCAGUUCCAGGGAGCGCAAAUCCUGCGCCGCAACCAUCGGAAUCGAAAGAGUCGAUGCUUGAUCAAGCCGUUCGUAGUAUAUUAGGCUCGUGACCCUCCUUCAAUAAAGUUUGUUAAAAGACACUUAAUAGCGAAAUAAUCAGUAAGCUGCGAAUCUCUCUCUCUCUCUCUCUCUCUCUCUCCAGAUUUUUUCUAUAAUUUUAAGUGCUUUUAGAGCACUUUUGGACUAUUUGCAUAAUGAAAACUCUCUUAGUAAAUUACAAAUUUGCCAAGAGAUGUAAAGUCUGCAUACACUAUUUUAUGUUUCUUUUUACUUGUUUUUGAAAGGAAGGCUUGAAAAGUUUUAUUUUAUGUUCAUUUCAAUAACAAUUUAUCUGUCACUGGAUCACAUUGAUCCUUCGUUUCCUGGGGACGUUCAAAUAUACCUUUUAAUUAGAUUUAGGAAAUGUUCAAUGAAUUUUACACUAAGCAUAUCAUGUGGUCGCGAUUAACGAUAUUUUUUAUGCAUUCAAGUUCGAUUCUCGAUAUUUAAUGGAGAGUUUAAGGAUCGUAAUUUGAAACGACUGUAGUUUUACUUAGGUAAUUUACGUUAAUUUAAUUCGAAAGUUAAUUGUAACAAAAAUUCCAAAAUUAUUUAAUUCAAAAAAUAGUUUAUUUUCUUAAUUAUUUAAUUCAAAAAUACUUUAAAUUGAUUUAUUAUUUAUUUCAAAAAUAUAAUUUAAUUUCACAAUUAUUUAAUUAGAAAAAAAUACAAUUUACUUCAAAAGUAUCUAAUUUAAUUAUGAUGUAAUUUAUUUUCUUAUAAUGUUAUUUAAAAUUAAAAUUAGAUAUUUUAAUAUUAGGUGGCUUCUUUUUUUUAUUUAUUUUUUUUGUAUAUUUUGUUUCAAUCCUGAAAGAUUUCGUUUGACAAUAUAAUGUUUGGAUUUUUUCAUGAAUAAAAUUUAUUCGUUAAAAAAAUGUCAAACUGGAAAUAUUAUAAAUAUUUAAUUAAUAUCUCAUUGCAACAAACAGUACAAAUUGUACAAAAUAUUUUUAACAAAAAAUAUCUUAAAUUCAUUGACGAAGAGGACGCGAAAUGUUGAAUUUUUGAACCGCAUCGCUUUUAUUUAUAAUUUAAAAUAAACAAUUCGCGUACUUUUUGAAAUAAGAAAUAUACUUUACAUCUCUAAGACGAAAUUGUAAUUUUUGGCGAGAGUCGACAGAUAUAGAUGGCGAACACUUUCCAUUUUUAUCCUUUGUUUGAGAUAAUUGAAAUUUUUUUCUUUUACACAAUUGCGUUAAUUAUUUAUUGUAUACAUUUUAACUGAAGGAUGUUUGAUUCAUUACACCUCAAUUUAAAACUAAAUAACGGUUUUUAAAAAUGUUAAUUUAAAAAUUAUAAUUAUUAGUAAUAAUAAUUAGUAUUAUUUUAUUAAUUAUUUUGUACUUGACUUGUACCAGUGGUUGGAUUUUAGCAAAAAUUGUAUAUGAAAAUGAGAUUUCUUUUAUUAUUUUAAUAAAUAAUUAUUCUGUGUAGAUCUGUUUUUAAAAUAAUGUAUGAAAAAAUAAAAAAAUUACAUUUAUGUAUAUCACAUAAUUAUACUGAUGUCCAGCCACUGGGUCAUUCUCCUUAUGGUUUACAAUUUUUUUUUAAAUACUGAAAUUUCCAUGAAAUCUAUUUUGUUUUUCCAUAAUAUUUAUAAAUCACUCUUUAUUGCGAAAUAAUAUUAAUGAUUCAAACAUUCUUUGAGUAAAUGAAAUGAAGCCAUUCUUGUUUUAAGAAAGAGGAAUUGCAACUAUCAUGCAUGUGAAGAUGAGUAGUAAGCAAUGACUAUAAAAAUUUUUUUAUUAAAAAAAAGUAUAGUAAAAGUAAAAUAUAAAAUUUUAAUGUAAAAAAGUGUAGUAUUUGUUAGUUUUGCUUACUGCUAAUCUCCUUAAUUUGAAAAAAUGGCAAAUUAUAUAUAUAUAUAUAUAUAUAUAUAUAUAUAUAUAUAUAUAUAUAUAUAUAUAUAACAGCCAUAAUUUUUAUUCAGCAGCUGUUAAUGUGAUUAUGUAGCUGAUAACAGGCUCAGAUAUUUUAAUCUACCAGUUUGUAAUGUAAUUUUGUAAAAAGAAUCUAUUUAAAAUGAAUCUUUCCAAUUUAAAAGUAUAUAAGUAGUAGGUAAACAGUGAUGACGCGAAUUUUAAGAAUACUUAAAAACAAAAAUGGGUUGGUUAAAAUUGUACAUAUGUUUUUAAUGUGUAUUAUUAUUACUAUAUAUAUUAAUAUUAUUUUAAUUUUAAUACAAAUAUUGUUAUUGAGAUUCGCUCUCCGAAUCAUUUUAGAACUAUUAUCGACACUACCUGUACAUUCUUUUUAUCUUGUCGAUUUUAGUGACUCGCGCUACAAGGAAAAAAAGAAAAUGAAGCAAAAGUUAAGAAAAGAAACUAGAAUAUUGUAGUCACUUUGCUGAAUUGGUAAAUGUAGACGGAACUUUAUCAAACAAAACUAGUCGCUAAAUACGACUCAUUCCGUUAUUAUAAUUAUUGUAAUGUGAACGCUGUUUGAAUUGAAACUGAAAAUCAAAUUGAAUUUUAUAAAAAAAAGUAGAGUCUAGUUUUAAAAUGGUUUCAAUGUCGCUUUAAAUACACAAGCGUGACUGCACAUUGCGUUUGAAAGAAGGAUUUUUUCUCGCUACCAUUUGUCUUUCUGCUUUUUUACUACAAAAUGUGUGCGUCAUUUCAUUUAAAGCCAGUUUCUUAUUUUUAUAUUUUUUAUUACUUCUCUCAUUUUUCUUUAACAAAAUGUGAAAAAAUAUUCCUCGAUUAUAAGUUUUAAACAACCAUGUUUUUAAAUUAUUCUCUUUUUUCUUCUCUUUAAUCGUAAUUGACGAUUGAAAUGGCUGUUAAUUGUUUUCUUUUUGAAACAUGAAAAUAUUUGUAGAGUAAGUUGUAGUGUGAUUACAAAAGCAUUUUUGCUCAAAAAAUAAAAAAAUUGUAGUUUUUAUUUGUUCGUCUGCUGCUUUUGCUUUGUUGAAAGAAGGGAAUUUUUUCUCCUUGAAUCCUUUCUUCAAACGCUUGUGUAUAAAAACAUGAGCACAAAUUUUACAUUCUUGCGCACAUAUUCUCGUUGAGCCUCAGAGUGUACAGAUUGUACAAAGGAAAAUAAAAAAAAAAGUUUUGGUAAAAGCUAUUCAAGACUGACAUAUAUACUGAUAAUGGAUGCAAAAUAUUUGAUGUAAUAAAUUAACGAGUAAUGUUCAUUUGUACAUAAUAUUUAAUUAUACUCUUGAUGGCAAAAGUGACUUAAUUUUUACAAAACUUUAAUAAUUACACACACCAGAGCUGUCCAUCUGAUGCUGCCAGUCUUGGCGAAUGUAAUAAUAAAGGCAAUGAUUGUAUAUGAAUAAA